UGACAUCAUUGUGGUCAAUUGAAAAAGAUAUUCGUCAAGAAAAAAAAUUGAACGCGCACGUAAAAGUCUUCUUCUUUCCCUUUUUUUUCGGUUUUCAUAUGUCGUUGUCGUUCCGUGUAACCCGAUCUUCUGCUACUAUUUUCCGAUCGUUUGCGCCUAAUGCAUUGUAUCGAUCGUCGGUCCCGUCCAAACUACCUUCACGAUAUCUAUGCAGCAAGGCCAAUGCGCUGAUUCAGCACGGCGAGCGAACCGCUUCAUCUGCAUGCACCCGAGUGCAUACUUCCAAAAUAUGUGCCAUGGCUACAGCGACAUGCAUAACCGGCUUUUCUCUUUUCAAGGAGCCCGUCGCUUGCGAAGGUUUGGCGCCUCCUGCUGCUGCAACUCAACGUCCAUUCUACGACCAGCCAAAGGGAGACAGUGAUGCUGAGCUGCAGAAAUCCCUUUUACCUACGGGUGAAUUGUCCUUGGGAGCUAUCCUUGGAUUCAGUUCCGGUUACCUGGUGAAGAAAUUAGGCAAACUGUUCGCGUUGGUGCUGGGUGUUGGUUUUGUUUUCUUACAGUAUUGCUCAAGCCAAGGAUAUGUGAAUGUGCAUUGGCGUAAGCUGGAACAAGAUUAUCGCAGUCGUUUCGACAGAGACCGGGAUGGCGCCGUAACACGGAAGGAUCUUUCUUCCAUCUGGCAGACCUAUGUCAACUUCUUGACCGAGCGAUUGCCUUUCAAAGCUUCUUUCCUAGUUGGAUUGUACGCAGGCAUCCGAUAUGGCUAAACCAUUUUUACUUGUAGGCUACAGAAAAAUUAGAAAUCACAUAUGAACCCAACAUAUUGAUUAUUAUAAAUGAAAAGUCUGCGCUCAUUCUACGCUCGUUCUAUGGAAAUCCUUAUGAUACACCCUAC